GGCGUUUAAACCAGUGGGCGUGUGCAUGACGUCACCGCCCGAAAUACGUCAACGUCAUACAGGAAGAGCGUUCAUUGUUUUGGCGUUUCCUGAUCUCCAGUCUCUUCGAUUAAAACAUCAAACAUCUGACAGUCGACACAUUUCAGGUGUCCUCUCAUCAUGACUCACUGGUUCCAUCGAAACCCUUUGAAAGCCACGGCACCUGUGUCCUUUAACCUGUAUGGUGUGGCAUCCAGCCCCGCUGCUAAUAAGAUCUGCAAUGACUUGAGAACGACGCGUGCCCGACUGCUGGAUGCGUUCACAGACGCCACGUGCACCCCAGAGAUCAUGAAGAAAUCCAGCGAUGAAUAUUUUGCUCUUUUACAGGGAUUCAUUUUGCCGCUGGAUGGAACCACACAGGAGAACAAGCUCCGGUUCAUCCAGAACUUCAAAUGGACUGACACUUUACAGGGAAAUAUUGCAAGUGCCCAACAGGAUGCUAUUUUUGAGCUGGUGUCUAUGGCCUUUAAUGUGGCCAUCUGGUACACCAAGUUUGCCUCACGACUGGCCGGAAAGGAGAACAUCACAGAAGAUGAAGCCAAAGAUGUUCACAAGAGUUUGAGAAUCGCUGCUGGAAUUUUUAAAACCCUUAAGGAGACUCAUAUUCCUCGACUCAUCACUCCUGCAGAGAAGGGUCGCGACCUGGAGACCAGAGUCAUUGACACCUACAUCGUACAGGUUCAGGCGGAGGCUCAGGAGGUCACCAUUGCCCGAGCCAUCGAGCUGAAGCACAACGCCUCCCUCAUCGCAGCGCUGUCCUUCGAGACCGCAAACUUCUACCAGAAGGCCGAUCACACUCUGAACACUUUGGAUCCAGAAUGCAGCAGUAAAUGGAAGAAAUACCUGCAGCUGAAGCAGCACUUCUACAUGGCGUAUGCACACUGCUAUCAUGGACAGACUCUUCUCGCAGCUGAUAAAUGCGGAGAGGCCAUAAGAUCCCUGCAGGAGGCCGAGAAGUUUUAUUCCCGCGCUGAAGCCUUGUGUAAAGAGUACCGUCAGAUGAAGGGUCCGGGCAGCACGGUCAGACCCUCGGAGCAGCUCUUCUUUAAGAAGCUGGGCGCGUUGAUCAAGAACACCCUGGAGAAGUGCCAGAGAGAGAACAGCUUCAUUUACUUUCACAAGGUUCCUGCAGACGCUCCGGCGCUGGAACUGAAGGCUAGUUAUGGUUUGGCUGAACCGACUCCAUUCGAGCUCCCGCCUCUCAGCGCUCAGUGCACACCUGAAGUCUACGCGACCUUUGACCUGACCAGAGGACCCAAAGACGACAAGGUAAAAGCGAGGCAUGAGGAGGAGAUAAAGCCUCUGAAGGAGCCGGAUCUGAAGCCGCAGAAGGACACGGGAUGCGUGGUCUCCUAACAGCUGAAGCAGCUUAAUCAUAUCACCGUUUGAUUGCACAGAAUAUAGAUGAUCCUAGUGAGAUUUGUAAGGUGUAUUGGGUCCACUGAUUAAAAAAAAUAAAAUCAACUCGAUUAAAAUAGCCAAUGAUUAAUGCAAAUAUUAAACAGCAUUUAUACUAGGUGCAUUUCUAAAAUCAAAAAAAAAGAUUUCACCCUGACAUCGAAAACUGUUACGAUUUAUUGCAUUAUAAAAUUAUUUUCAUGACAAUUAAAGCACAUUUUCAAAACAUUCCCAUUACUGCAAUGCCAAAGAAAAUUCUAAUGAAAAAAAAAAUGGAAUAGAAUUUUCUUAGGCAUUGCAGUAAUGAGAAUCUGGGGUUUUAAAUGUGCUUAAUUGUCAUGGAUAAAAUAUGCAUAAUAUAAUGAUCAUAUAAUGUAAUGCAAUUUAUAGUUGUGUGAAAUUUAGCUUCAUGCAAAAUAUAUUUUCUGGAUAUUUGUGAUUUUCUAAACAAAAGCAGCUGCUAUACAACAAAACGGUACAUUAUUUUAAGAUAAAAGAUUAUGAUUUAUCACUUAUCAUUUGUUUUAGUUGGGCUUUGGUAUGAAAAGAACAGAGUGAAUUUGAGUUAUAUAUAUCCUCAUCAACAACAGAAUUCAUUCUGAUAUCAACUUUUACUGGAUUUAUUUUCCACACGAGUAUAAAUGUACUUAAUGUAAUUAUGAAACAAUGAUUUUGCUUCUGAUUUAAAACCUGUCCAGAUAACUUUCGCUGGUUUGAUUUGAAAGGUUUUUUAUUGUUCUGACAUUCGUCUGAAUAUGUUCAAGCAUGUCUGUGUUAAUAAAUGUAACACUGGUUGUAAAAACUUCAACAAAACUAUAUGCACUUUUACAGAAAUAAUCAAGAAAUGUUUUGGCCCCUACUUUAAUUCAUCCUGAGAACGAAGAGUUUGUAUUCUUAUCAAGGGUGAACGAUUGUCAGAUAUUUUGCUGUAUAUUUAUUUAACACAAUUCCUCAGAGAACAAGGCUUUCUCUGGCAUUGUACGAUGACACUCCACAAUCACUUUCAGUUUUUUAAUGAUUCGUUUUGCCUUCUAUGCUGUUGUAUGGAUAUGUAUUCAUCAUCAUGUAUACUUACAGACCUGUAACUCAAAAUCAUGCAUUUAAUGGUUUGUUCCACAUUAAAAUGUGCAACAGA